CACAAACGUUCAGUUAUCAGUAGAAUAAGGAAUUAUCUAACAAAAUGUUUUUCAAAAUUGUAAUUGCCUUGGUUCUUGUCGCUGUCGCCUCUGCCAGCCACUAUGAACAUAACGAAGAGCAUCAUGCUCCAACUCCAUACAAAUUCGGUUAUGAAGUGAAGGAUCAUGAAGGCUCACAACAUAGACAUGAGGAAGGAGAUGGUCAUGGCCAUGUUAGAGGCAGCUAUGGAUACGUUGACCAUAAAGGCAUUCACCGAGAAGUCCACUACGUUGCUGACAAAGGUGGUUUUCGUGCCGAGGUCAAGACCAACGAACCAGGAACAGCCAAUCAGGAUCCCGCUCAAGUCAAAAUCCAUUCUGAUGCAUCCUAUCAUCAUCAUCACGAGCCUCAUCAUGUGCAUCAUAAUAUUCAUGGUCAUCACGGUCAUGGUUACGCUUAAAAUGGCUUUCGUUAAUUGAUGAAGUGGUAUAUUCUAGCUGCAGCUGCAAAUAUUCUAAACAUUUAUAUUUGGUGAUAUAAAUUUUACUAGAAGCUACUUCAUAUUUAAAAAAUUGCAUUUUGAGAAAUUUGAUGCAUUAUCGGCAAUAUCAAAACAAUGAUAGUUAUGUCUAAUUUCUUUAAAAAAUUCCUUGUUUAAAAAAAUUAGAAUUAGUCAAAAUAAUUUACAUGAUAUAGAACUAAUUGAAAAUUUGAGAGCAUAAUUUUGUAAUAUGAAAUGAGUACAAAAUAGUUUUUAAAACAUAUCUGCCAAAUUGCAUCAAAUGAGAAUGGUCACUUUCAGAACAACAAAUAUUAUCAUAGCAAAUCAAUUCUGAGAUAAUUUACGAUUCUUAUCGAGGAAUAAAUUUUGUUACUUUGAAAAGCAAGCUUAAUUCUAAGGAUUAAUUAGUACAGUUUAAUCUUUAUGAGUUACAAAUAAAUGCUUAUAAAUAUCUGUUCUGUAUAUGCUAUACAAAUCACAUUAUUCGCAAUUUAAAGUAAUUGGAGAUAUUUAAAAACAAUUUAUAGAUUGCUUUUAUUUGCCUUAAACUUCUACUGUAUAAUAAGAAUAUCCCACUUCAAUCAAGCCAAUAUGAUUUAAUGUGUGUCAAACUGGGCUAGUCACAGUUUCAUGGUCUUUUACUAUUUAUUUCUGUACACUUAGUACAAAACUUCAUUCAUCAGUGAGGGUUCUUUAUUCUGUUUCUGUAUAUUCUUGUUACAUGAUAC